AUGAAACUCGCUGGCAAGAAUGCUACCGCCGAGUCCCCGAGCCUUGUACUUAUCCCAGGUGGUCCCGGCGGCUCCGGCGUCGAUCUCCUCCUCGCCUACCGAACCCUGCUAGGCCGAAUGCUCGGAGAGGAGUACAACUUCAUCUCCUAUGACCCCCGUGGCGUGAACAACAGCGGCCUAGUCCUUGAUUGCUUCCAGAACAACACAGAAGCAAGAGUGGCCUUUACGCGUCUGCACAGAACAGGCGUGACGAAGAUCAACGCCUCUUCAACAUCGCUUGCAACGCAGUUCUAUUCCGCCUCUAUCUACGGAGAGUGGUGCAACGACGCCGUGGAGAAUGGCGGAUCCGAGUCCCGGUAUGGAUACUACGUGACUACACCAGCUGCCGCGCACGAUCUGCUCACAUUCAUCGAGGCCGAGGCUAGGCUGGCCGGUCGGCCUCCGGCAGACGCGAAACUGUGGGCCUAUGGGGUUAGUUAUGGCACGGUCGUCGGCAGCACGUUUGCGGCUAUGUUUCCCGAUCGCGUGGGGAGGAUGGUUCUUGAUGGAGUGUUGGAUGCAGAGCUGUAUUAUGGGAAUGAGUGGCGAGGCUUUGUGGAUCAGGCGGAUGAGGCGAUGGGGGAGUUUGUGAGGCUCUGUUAUUCUGCGGGGCCUGAACGGUGUUCGUUCUGGGGGCCCUCGACUGCUGAUAUCACGGAAAGAUUGGAUGGGAUUAUCCAGGGACUUCAGGACCAUCCCGUCCCGAUGAGCAUGGUACAGGGUCAAAAUCGGGAAGAUCUCCCAGCACUCGUCACCUACUCCGACCUAAAGGCUCUCUUCCUUAACACCAUCUACAACCCACUGUCUCGGUUCCCCAGUAUGGCGGAUACCCUGCACGAGCUCGAGCGCGGGAACGUGUCGUCUCUCGCGGGGGCGUUUGCGGGUUCCGAUUCGAUAUCGGACAGUCGGCUGGCUGUCUUGUGCGCGGACUCGUAUCGGCGUAACCGGCUUACGACCCUUGAAGAGUUCAGGAGGUAUGCCGAGUACACGACGAGCAAGAGCCGGAUCAGUGCCCUAGACAGACCGACAUCGUUUCCGAUCCUCUUCACGAGCAACACCAUUGACCCCAUCACGCCGCUAAAAUCAGCGCGCAAAAUGUCGUCUCGCUUCGCCGGAUCAGUCCUCCUAUUGCAAGAGGCCGUUGGCCACACCGUCGCUCAAAACGGAGCAUCGGAUUGUUACUGGGGACAUGUUCGGGCCUACCUACGAGGCAUCGUUCCAGCGUCGAAUAUCACGUGUCCGCAGCAGUAUGUACCGUUCUUUCAUAGUCCUGUUGUGCUUGUUUAA